GGUGCUUGUCGGUUUCAGUGUUGCUCAGUGUAGCCCGAGCCACCGAGCGGCAUGGUCGUGUCGACGCAGCUGCGGACGACGAGAGAGUGACCCGCCAUGUUCGUGGUACCCGACCGUUUCUGCAAACUUGUCGUAAGUUAGCAUCGAUCAAUUAAUUGUCCACUUAAUUCCCGCAGGAACAAUUAAGGAUAUUGGUCUUUCCUCGAGGGAUAAAACUGCCGCUGAUAGGGACGGAACGGCGUUACAGGGAUUUUUACGGUAAAAUGACAUAAUGAGGGUUCGAUUAAGAGACAAGCUUGACUUAAACCACAAAGCUCGAAUGACGUUCACCACUUUCAUACGUCGGUGACAACGCUUUCUACAUACACAGAAAUGGAUAUACAAAAGAAAUUUCUGUGCCCUCGCCUGGUUGAUUACCUGGCCAUUGUGGGGGCAAGACCUCCAUCGGCUUCUCGACAGCCCGUUCAGGUACCAGAGCUACUACGGAGAUAUCCUGUGGAAGAUCACAAGGAUUUUCCACUACCCCUUGACAUGGUUUACUUUUGCCAACCCGAGGGCUGUAGUAGCGUAGGACCUAAACGCACAGUCCUGCGAGAAGCUACUUCCUUCACCUUCACACUUACUGACAAGGAUUCUGGAAAAACACGUUACGGAAUAUGUGUGAAUUUCUACCGACCCAUAGAACGCGGCGGAAGUAUGGGCGGAGGGGUGACAGGCAGGAGGGAUAGGCACAGUACAACUUUUCGUCGUGAAAGCUGGAGAAAAAGCAUGGAGAAAAGUUCGGACUCAGCAUUUUCUAGAGCUGUUCUUUAUAGCGACUAUAGGAGCAGUGCGGUAGGACCAAGUGACUCUGAAAGGGACUGUCCAAGCAGGAGAGACUCGGACACACCACAUGCACCUCAUGCCCCAAGACUCGGUGUCACAGCACCGAGCGGAGACAGCGAAAGUGGAGGUAGUCAUUCUCCUUCUCCAAGAGCUUCGCGAAAACGUCAGCGUGUGAGGAAUCAUUCUUUGACAUCGCUCUGCAUAAUCUCUCAUCAUCCAUUUUUCUCAACAUUUCGAGAAUGCUUGUUUGUUCUGAAAAAAAUCAUCGACGCCUGCAACGAGAGUUCUUCCCCGAGGAGGGUGGGAGCCUCGAGACAAAUUAACAGAGACACUGUAUGGAGCGCGCUAACAAGUCAGGCUCUUGACGGCACUCCGUCAAUUGUACUUCAUGAUGUCAGAGAAAUCGAAACGUGGAUUCUGCGACUACUAAGUGCCCCUGUUCCCGUUCCUGGAAAGACUAGAGUAGAAGUUGAAAUACUCUCUCCGUCGUUACAACCGCCGCUCUGCUUUGCUCUACCUGAUCACACCAGAUUUUCAUUGGUCGACUUUCCGCUUCAUCUUCCCUUGGAAUUAUUAGGUGUCGACAUAUGUUUGAAAGUUCUGACGCUCAUUUUACUUGAACAUAAGCUUGUGCUGCAAUCCCGAGAUUAUAACGCCUUGUCAAUGUCAGUUAUGGCAUUUGUUACCAUGAUCUAUCCACUGGAAUAUAUGUUUCCUGCAAUCCCACUGCUUCCGACAUGUAUGAGCUGUGCAGAGCAACUGCUGCUGGCUCCUACACCAUUUGUUAUUGGAAUUCCAGCAACUUUCUUACUAUAUAAAAAGAACUUCAGAAUGCCCGAUGAUAUUUGGCUCGUCGAUUUAGACAGCAAUAAAAUUACACCACCUAGUGGCUUUGGUGAUACAUUACCACCGCUGCCUGAACCGGAGGGUACUAUUUUAAAGAAUCAUCUCAAACAGGCAAUGCAACUCAUGGACCAAGUUGGAGCUGGUGCAAUGGGUAGCUUGGUAACCCCGCAACCACAGCAGCCUUCACCACAGCAUGCGUCACCACAACCUUUGAUGCAGUCGCCUAGUAGAAGAGAAAGCUCCGCGUCGCAUCACUCAACUUUAAGUGUUUCUUCCGCUCGACACCGACCCAGCAUGGACUACAGUAUGCACAGUCAACAUAGUGCUGCAAAUUCCCCUGGAACGCCAUCCACGUCCAGUCCACAUCACGCGUCAUUAACACCUUCAAUGAGUCCAACUUCGACCCAAAAACAAACCUCUCAACCGUCACCUGGCUUUAAUCCAUUUAUCUACGGAAACGACGUUCAUUCCGUUGAUGUAGCGACUCGUGUUGCUAUGGUCCGCUUUUUCAACUCUCAAAACUUGUUGGCAAACUUCAGCGAACACACAAGAACAUUGAGACUCUAUCCAAGGCCGGUAGUAGCCUUUCAAAUCAAUUCGUUCCUGAGAUCAAGACCGAGAACCAGCAGUUUUUUGAAUAAAUUUGCAAGGACGCAAGCAGUCGAAUUCUUAGCAGAGUGGUCGCUCACUCCAAGUAAUGUGGCUUUCCUGAGAGUACACACAGGUGUAUUCGACCCUACUCAAAUUGGCGACAAACCGCGUUGGUACGCUCCCAGCUUAGAGCCAAUAUAUUUUCCCGUUUGGGAUUCGAACGGUUCCCUGGCUGCAGCAAUGAGAACUUUACAACAACUUGAAAAUCAGCCAACGGAUGAAAGUGGAUCUGACUCUGAGGGAGCUGAUAGUACCAGUUCGUCUUACUCUUCGCUUAGCGAUUUUGUAUCGGAAAUGGUAUCUUCCGAUCUUUCACCCAGCUACCAUUGCCCUCAAGCAACGCAGCCGCAACCAAUGUCUCUUUCGGUUGAUCCAAAGAAUGUUUACAAUCCCCCUAGUUCUUUACAAUAUCCUGGCGCUGACGACGAUCCCCCUACCAGACCUGGAAGUCCACUAAGUACGUCAUCCAGUCAGAGUGAUCUGAGCAGUCCCAGUUUCAACAGGGAUUCCGAGCUUGAAUUAAAUCCAAGGAUUCAAGAGGGUUCGCAAGCAGCUAAAAGUGAUAAUGAUAAAGAGGAGGGAGGUAGCUUUGAAUCAGACUCAGCAUCGACAACAGCCACGCCACGCACAAUCCUGAGUGCACAAAGUACGGUAGGCCAGUUUGGAAGUGGUGCGGGGUCUUUAGUGACCCCAUCACCCAGUGAUACAGAGCGCCCUACCACUCCCCACCGGACCUCACGCCUCAAUAGAUCUGUCACCCCAGUUCCGCCACUCAGUCCAGGGCCGCAACGCCAACCAAGUGUAGGCAAUGUUCUGGCACGUACAUCGAGCUUCGGAUCAGCGGUUGGACCUCUUCUUCCAAGACAACCAAGUAGUGGCAGUAACAAUGGGUCACCUACAUUACCUCGUCAAGCGACUACUGGUAAUGGCGUUCAGCGUCAUCAUAGUGGAAACAGCAAUGUUCCUCGGCAAAACAGUGGAAAUAGUACUGGAACCGGUGUGAUCAGACAGGGGUCGCAAGGGUCGUUAUUUGAACAAUUUGCCUCACAAGCUAAAGAUUUAGUUAGGGAGACGACAAGACAGAGUAGUCAAGAUGGACUGCUCGCUCAUAUGGACAAGCUGAAGCAUCAAGCGAGGGAAAAAAUAAAUGAAGCUGGCGAAGAAAGCUUAUUUGCACCUUUGGAACAGCUUACGCAGCAAACGAAGAAAGCUAUGGGUGAAGCAUCGAAGUCAGUUCAGGAAGUAUCAAAGAAUGCCUUAGAAGCGAGUAAAACAGCUGCAGGUGUUAGUAAAAAUACCUUUGAUGAUCUGACCUAUGUGGGAAAGAGCACUUUUGGUGAUUUGACUAAAAGUGCUAAAGAAGCUGCGACCAAAAAAGGGUUGCUCAAGGGACUCAGUGAUUCCCAGCAAUCACCUCCGCACACUUCUCCACCACCUGGUCCGCUUCAACGAAGAGACUCUAGUAGUACCCAGUUAGUCGCGUCUGACUCUCGUGCUGGUAGAAGAGAUAUUGGGCGGGAUUUUUUUAGCAAUAUAAGCAGUGAUCUGAAUGGCAUAGCUGCGCAAACUAGCAGUAUGUUUAGUGAUUUAUUUGGUAAUAAGCAUAACUCUAAUCGGAACGCCAAUCCUCUUCCUCAAUCGCAAAAAUCCAAAGAGAAAUCUCAGACAUUUGGACCCUUCCCUAAAGGUAGAAAAGGGCUGGUCGAGAGAUCGUCGUUGAUAAAACAUUCAACCAACAAACCUAGUCAGGAGGAAUUACAACGGAUGCAAAAUGUAGAGCGAUCGAGUACAAAUAGCGAUAAUCAAGCAUUCCUGACAGAUAUUGUAAACCAGGCAUUAGCUGGAGAAGGAGUGGGCUGGCUCAAAUUGAAUAGGUUGAAAAAACUAAUGGAAGAUGAGAGUUAUCGCAAUCUUGUUGUAACUAAUUUGAAUAAGGGUCUUGAGAGAAAAAUAAGCCCCGAUGAUCAUAUCGAUGACGUUUGCGUUUCACGGCCAGUUUAUAAAGGGAUGCUGAAGUGCCUUCAAGCUGUAGUGCACGGCCUGGUACAUACUUAUAGCAAUUUUGGACCAGGUGGUAUGGCAUCUGUAUUCCAACUGAUGGAAAUUGCACAUACACACUACUGGAGCAAAGACCUAACAGAGGGAGGAUUUGAAAGUUCUCUCAUAUCUCAGACUUCCAGUCCGUUUGGUAGUAAAGAAAAUUUGAGGUCCCCACAGUCACCGAAGCAGCCUGACUUGUCAGACUUAUCUAGGAAAUCAUCCCUUCAACAGUCUUCAGAGUUACCACAACUCAGAUUGGAAAUGUCACAUCCUCAAUUACCUGCAGGUGGAGAUGAAAAUCAAUCGACCACAGAAAUGUUUCUCGAUAUGUUUUCGAAGAAAGGAAAAUUACUCAGCAGAUUAACGUCAUUUGACUCAGAGGGAGGGCGUGGUGCAGGUGGCGGUACAGGAAGCAGCGAAGCCCUCUCGACUGAUGGAGGCAGCAUUAUCACGAAUCCUGCAUUUCGGCAAGCACACCAGGCCUCUUUUCGCAGUACCGUCUCUGAUAGUGAGGUUGAGCAAGGCAAUUUUCCACACCAAACUAAACAGCGAACUGCGAGUGUUUGGUCCAGCAAGUCGUCUUUAAGCACUGGAUUUAGAUAUCACGGUGGAAGUCUUGUUCCAACAGUAACAACACCGAGUCCAGAAGCAGCUCGAACUUAUCUUUUUGAAGGAUUAUUGGGCAAAGAAAGAUCUUCUCUCUGGGAUCAAAUGCAGUUUUGGGAGGAUGCGUUCCUUGACGCUGUCUCUCAGGAGCGUGAUAUGGUGGGCAUGGAUCAGGGACCAGGAGAAAUGAUGGAAAGGUACAAGAGUCUGAGUGAAAGCGAGAGGAGGAGGCUGGAGCAUGAUGAGGACAGAUUAUUAUGUACUUUACUUCACAAUCUGACAGCUAUUUUGGUAAUGCUCAAUGUUGAUAAGGGAGAAUUGAAGCGUAAAGUGCGUAGAUUGCUCGGAAAAAGUCACAUCGGCCUCAUUUACAGUCAAGAGCUUAAUCAGCUAUUGGAUCAAAUGACCAAUCUUCAUGGCAAUGACAUUGAUCUAAAGCCUCUCACUUCUCGUCAAAUGCACCGUCAAUCAUUUACUGUUCAUGCUGGUGUCGAUGCCGAAGGUGAUUUGCGUUUUUUGGAAGUACGACACGAUGGUUUGGUACUCAGAUCGGUAAAUGGUGUGAUUGUCGAGCGCUGGUGGUACGAGCGCUUGGUUAAUAUGACUUAUAGUCCUAAGAAUAAAGUCCUCUGUCUUUGGAGGCGAAAUGGAGGGCAAACUCAACUGCAUAAAUAUUACACUAAAAAGUGUAAAGACCUAUAUUAUUGUAUAAAAGACGCAAUGGAGAAAGCGGCACAACGAGGUCGAGGUGCUGGUUCGGGUGUAGAAUUAGGUGGUGAGUUUCCAGUGCAAGAUAUGCGCACGGGUGAGGGGGGCCUUCUCCAAGUAUGCAUGGAGGGCGUGGGUCUACUCUUCGCUAAUAGCAAGGAUUUCGAGUUUUUUGUAAGACUCGAUCAUAUCCGCAAGUGCUUUACACAGAAGGGUGGGAUCUUCGUUUUGGAAGAAUUCAAUCCUAAAACUAGACAAGUAAUUCAACGUAAAUAUAAGUCACAAUUGGCAGAUCAGAUCUGCUAUGCAGUUCUCUGUGUCUUUUCGUAUCUUGCUGCUGGCAUGGAAGAUCGUAAACAGUUACAGCAGCAGCAACAACAGCAAUAUCUACAUCAGCCUACAGGCAGUGGUGCGCAAGCGAUGCAUGGAUCUGGAUUAUCGCAGGCGGGUUCCCCACGUCACCACUGACAUAGAGGCAGACACUCUCUCCCACUGACGCAUGACUACGAUAGUUGUGCCCCUUACGCCUGCCUACCUUGGGUAUAGUAGGGAAGUUAUUCGUCGCGUUUUAUAAAUACCUUGGAGAAUUCGUACAAGAAUAUCAUCUAGUCCUUCUUUCAUUCGCAAAUAGAAAUAAAAAAAAAAAGAAAUAAAAAAAAAGAGAGAACUUUGUUUUGAAUUGCAUACAGUGCAAAGUCAAUACUUGGAAUCAUUACGAAUAACUCAGUCACAAGUCUAUUUCAAUAUUAUAAUUAGGAGGCAGUUCAGCAGUGCGAUUUAGCUCAUCCCAUUACGAAGUGAUUACUUUUAUAACGUUCAUAAUUUGGUUAGUAUUUGAAUUAAUUAUUUAGGAAUGUUGAGAAUUUUAUCUUAAUGUUUUUCCGUCAUUCCAUUAAAGUCUGUGAAUGCCAUAAUACACUUGCUACGAUUUGUUGGGAUGCCUUUCAAUAGUAGAAAAUAGAUGGGGUAUAAAUAAAUAUAAUGUACGAUAUGCAAUUCGAACAAAUUAUACGUAGGAGGUAUCGAGUAAUUUGUGAAGCAAGCUUCUGGGCUUCAUUAGAUUCGUGAUGAACUUGAUUUGGGAAUGUAGUGCUAAACUUAUUAAACAUUGAACGUCAUAGAAAUCAACUUACAGAAUUUGGGAGGGAGCAGUGUAAUGAUUUACAAUGAAUAUUACGAUGUAUAUUUUACUACUGGACUUUUUUAAUAGUGAUAAACGAUAUUAUAUAGUUGUUCCUUUGUUAUAACAGUCUUUGUUAAGCGAAACAUGAAAAUGUAUAUUGUACGAAAUUUAGAUAUUUACCAACAUUUAUAUUUUUACCAUAUGAUUUGUAAAAGUUGUGGUCAAUAUUUUACGAGUUUGAAUCUAGGUGAGUUAAUUUACUAUUUACCAAACAUAAUAUGUAAUAUAACUAUUGUUGCCAGAUAUAUAUAAUAUUGCAUUAUCCUAAAAAAACGAAUAUCACACGUCGAUUAUUAGUUUUAUGUAUACCUGUGCUAUACAAAGAUAUUCACUUAUAGUGCCACGUCAGACAAUAUUUGUUGCUGCUUGCAACAAACACGAUACACUUGAUUAACCAUGAAAAUUCGAUUUGUCUUUUUUGCAAAUAUCUCAUCGAUGAACUUUAUAAUAUUGCGCAUGAUUGUUUUAUAUUUUGAUCGAUUUUUUUUGUUGUGCGAAUUAGUGAUGAAAUAAUUAAACAGUCUGUUGAUGAGAUAAAUAACACUCGCGUGAUUACGUCACCCGUUCAGCUAUGUUUUGGGGAAAUUGUAAAAAUAUGUAAUCAAUAUUCUGAUGUGAUUUAUAUGUAUAUUCUAUACAUACAUGUCAACAACUUUGAAUACAUGCUUUAGAGUGUUAUCUACAUUCAGUUUAUGUCAGAUUGUUUAAAGUAUAAAUUCCUACUUGAAUGCAGUCAUUCUUUGUUAAUGCGUACAAGUCUAUAAAUACAGUUAUGGCUACAUACAAGUCUGUUAUUUCCUGUUUGUAAUCAUUUAAUAUUUUUCAACAUCGAAUUAAUACCGAGAAAAAUCAUUUUUCCUUAAUAACGAGGACAAUUAAUUUACUGACGCCUACUGAACUAUUUUGCCUGGGCAAUCAACAUAAGUAAAUACCAUUGACUCUUUCAAAAAAACAAUAAUUGGUCAGAGUAAAAAUAGUACGAAUUACGAUCAAGAUUAUUCAUACAGCCACUCGUUUUGUAGUCAGUCGAAUUGUGUCCAGAAAGAAAAUAUUAAAAACAGUCCAAUAUGGUAAAUUUUGUCAUUUAAUUACAUGUUUUCAAGUUGUUUAUACAACCUACGUUUGAUGAAAAAAUGAUUUUGAAAUGUUUUCUUUUAAACUCUAAAAAGUUAAAUUUUGUGAACAGAUUUUGUGGAUUUCUUCUACAUGAACCACAUAAAUAUGAUAUCUAUUGAUGUCUGAGAAACGAGUAUAAUCGUACAAACAUUUGAAAUAAUUUUAAUUGAUAUCGAUGACCGAAAAUAUGGCGAUUGAAAAGGAGCAAAUAGGUGCGAGUCAGUUACGAAUGCGGGGAGUUUAUACUGCAUUUCGAUAAAAAAAAAAAUAGCAUCAGAAAAAGCAAUAUAACAAUGUGCUAUAUUUUAUGAUAGUGCGUAGAAAUGUGCAGAGUGCUUUCAAUU